AUGGGGCAGUUGCCGCGUUUUGAUGGACGUUCACCGGACCCUAAGGUGUGGAUUAGUCAGGCCACGCGUGCAUUACGGUGCUUCCUAGCCUCCAUACCCGAGGAGCAGCAGUUAGAUUACCUACUGAUGCACCUGACGGACUCCGCCUACGUGUGGGCGGAGAGCAAGGAUUUUCAGUCUGUAGCGGGCUUUGAUAAGGCUUUUAAGGAGCGCUUUAUUUGGGAAUCAACCGCUAAUGUCAUGCAGAGGCUGUCGGCUUUGAAGCAGAAACCGGGGCAGACGGUGACGGAGUUGGCGGACGAAGUGAGGCAGCUGGCGGCCUACGUUCCCAACUACCCUACGGCCAUGGCGGUGAGACACUUUAUUGAGGGGUUGGGGGACAAAGGCUUGAGGGAGAGGGUGCUGGGAGGAAGGCCAAUCUCCCUGGAGGCGGCUGAAGAAGCUGCCAAGUACUUUGUGUCCUAUUCGUUACCCAUGGGGAUAGAGCCGGUGGUGGAAGCUGCUAAAGAGAAGGACCCGGUGAAUAAGGAGUCAGAGGUGGAUAAAAUCACCAAGCAGCUGGAGAAGCUGAGUAUCCAGUUAGCCCAGAUGCAGCAAGGAAGGGGAGGCGGCUUACUCCCUAGGCCGGCAGGAGGCGGAUUUAAAUGUUACCAGUGCGGAAAGGAGGGGCAUAUGGCUCGGGACUGCACCCAAAAGGGACGGGCGGCGCUGAACGUCAUGCAGCAGGUCCUAGAAGGAAAAGCCCCGACUAUAGCGGAAUUUCUUAACGGGGAAGAGGGAAAGCUGGAUAUGCUGGUCGGACCUCGGAAAAGGCAGGCGGUCCGGGACCCGGAAGGAUGGGGAAUAGACGAGGCGAGGGAGGAGUUGAGGAAGAAGCUGGCUGAGACGGGCGGGGCUGAGGAAGCAGCUAAGGGAUCCCGGUUUGUACGGAGGCCACGGGUAUCCGCCCUACCCAACUCAUAUAAUGUGGUGGACCAGCUGAAACUCACCCCCGUGAGCGCCAGCGUCUGGAAUUACAUAAGCGACAGUGACAAGGUGAGAAAAGAGUUGUUGGAUGCUCUGAAGCUGGCUGAGGAUAAGGGGAAGGAGGACGGGGCAGCCGCCAUGCAAGGGGUUUCGAUAGUGGCAGCUGCUCCACGGGAGUCUAGGCAUGAGGACCCGAUCCCCAGCAAUCUAGUCUUCCAAGUCCCCCAGUGCGAUGUCCACCUAGGCAAGCACCGUCUGACCGCAAUAGUUGAUUCCGGUGCGUCCCAAACGGCCCUUUCGCACGUCAUCGCUAGGAAGUUAGGGCUCCUACCCUACCUCCAGGACACCACGAUAGAGUAUACCACCUCUAGUGGGGAGACGUCGAAGCCAUGGGGGAUUUUGCCUGACGUGCCGGUGCGGGUGGGGAAGCUGACCCUCCCAAUCGAUAUAGCGGUGACCGGGGCAAAUACCUAUGACAUGCUGCUAGGACAGGACUGGAUCUAUUCGGCUAAUGCAGAUAUCCUGACCAGCAAAGGACAGAUAGUGUACCGGGUCAAUACCAAAGAGACAGACUCGGUCCCUAUCACCACUGGACCCGUGGGCAUGGGUAGCCGUCCCUCCUAUGUGUCCCUCCCGCCCCAAACACCCCGCAGGAAUGAUCCCAACCCCCCUCAGCAUUGGUCCGGGAUGAAUGAGGAGGAGUUCCAGCGGUGGCUAGAGGAGAAGCAGCUCCUCCUAGCCAAAGAGCAAGGGCGCAUCCGGUUAACGGAGGAGGAGGAGGCGGAUUACUGGGCAUGGGUCCAGGAGGAAGCGGAGUUGGAUCGGGCGGAGUUGGACGUCCUAGAACUCAAGGAGCAUGAGUUCUAUGAGGAGCUCGGGGCAGACGGGCUCAAUGGCAUACCCGAGGGAGUUGAGCCAGAAGGAGAAGUCGGGACGGAUGACGAGAUGCCUAAUCUCUUUGGGUCGGAUGGGGAACGUUACUCUGACCUUGGGGCGUCGGAUGAUGAGGCUGGGGAACCACAAUGGGACAUGGGGUAUGAGGAGGCACGGAAGGCUGUGGAGGAAAAAGGGGAAAUCACGGACCUAUGGGAAGGGGAUUCGAUGACGGACGGGGAAGAGUACCUGGUGGAGGACAAGGAGGAAGGGGAGCUGAUUUAUGAGGGGAAGGGGCACCGGAUCAGUCCGGACUACCUAUUCGAGCUAUUCAAUUACCCGGCAGCUGAGCGGUGGCAAUACUUGGCAGCUGAAAAAGGGGAUGAAGGUCGGAUAGUUCUUGGUAGUUAUUACAGCCUCAAAAAGGAGGCCCCUCGAGUUGCCUGCCCUGCCUUUGAGGACCUACCGGUAUCACUCAACCAUGAAUUAGGGAUGGCCCAACAGACGGACCUGAGGAAGCUGCUGGUAGAGUAUCGGGAGGUCUUUGCCACAGAAGCCGAACCGUUAGGCACCCACCCCACCGUCCUUCAUCACAUUGCCACUGGGUCAGCCAAGCCCAUAUCCCACAAACCAUACCGGGUAUCCCCAUCGGAACGGGCUCGGAUAGAAGAGGAGGUAGCGGCCCUCUUAGAACAAGGCGUGAUCCGACCCUCCAACAGCCCCUGGGCCUCCCCGUGUAUCGUCAUCCCGAAAAAGGACUUCGGUGAUCGGGUGGUGAUCGAUUACCGACCCCUCAGUGCGGUGACAGAAGCAGCGGACCAGUUUCCCAUGCCAAGGAUAGAUGAUAUCCUCGACCGGAUGACGGGGUCGCUGUAUUUCUCAGUCCUCGACGUCAAAUCGGCCUAUCAUACCAUCAGAGUGGCCGAAGAGGACAUCCCUAAGACCGCUUUUGUUACCUCCUCGGGUCAAUAUGAUUGGGAGGAGCAUCUGGAGCACCUACGGGAUGUCUUCGAAAGGGUGAAGGCCAACCACCUACUCCUCAAACCCAACAAGUGCGAGCUGGGGUUCUACUCCACGAUCUACUUGGGGCACAUCGUGACAAGGGAUGGGGUGAAGCCGGAUGCGGGAAAGGUGGAGGCGAUUAGUAAGAUGGCGGCACCAAGGGAUGUGAGAGGGGUCCGGGAGUUCCUGGGGUGCACCAGUUACUACCGGCGGUUCAUGAAGGGGUAUGCGAAGGUGGCCCAUUCCCUCACACAGCUGCUGCACAAGGACCACCCAUUUGAGUGGACGGACAAAUCUGGGGAAGAAAGCAGCAGCUCGGUUGAUGGGGAAGGGGACGGAGGGGAUAGUGGUGAAGAGGAAGGAGACGAGGUGGACGGCCGUGAGCCAGAGGAACUGAGUAGCAAUACGGAAAAACGGGAUGGGGAAGAAGAAGGAGAGGUCGGACGAGCCGGAUCCGAAGAAGCCGAUAAUGAGGAUGAAGGGUCGGGAGAAGAGGACGAUGAAACAGACGGAUCCGGAGAUGGGGAUGGUGAGGACGGGGAGGAGGAGGAAGAAGAGGAGGAAGAGGAGGAGGCAACCGAAGGGGACAAGGAGAUGGUGGCUCCAGGGGUAGGAGGACAGGAAAAUGACCAUGAAGGGUCGGAAGAGAGGAGGUUAUCACCGCCAAUGACACAACCUCUCAAAAAGGUCAGACGUGAUAAGGGGAAAUUGAAGGAGGAAGCCGGGACCUCAAAGGGGGAUGAAAAAGAGGCCGGGGGAGGUGGACCCCCACACGGAUCUCAUGAGGGAGAGCAGCCGGAUAGAAGUCUCGCAUCCGAGACGAGCACGCUAGAUAUUUGGGAUGACCUCAACACCCUGUUCUACCUGGAGUGCGGGGAGGUUGAUCCGGCGUGGGAUACGGCUGAGAAACGGAGGGUGCGGGCCCGGGGAAAGAAGUUCGAACUACGGGAUGGGGUGCUCUGGAACCUGAAGGCAAAGGGGGAUAAAAAGCCGGUCCCUAGGAAGGAAGAGAGAGGGGAGAUCAUUAGCCUCCUCCACGGGCUGGGGCACCUUGGGGUCCAACGCACCACAGACCUGGUUCGGAAGCAGUACGACUGGUAUGGCAUGGGGAGUGACGUAUCAGCCUUUGUACGAGGGUGCCCUACCUGCACUUUCCAGAGGGGAUCCUGGACGGCAAAAGGGGAAUUGCGGCCGGUCCCAGUAACAAAGCCAUGGGACAGAGUGGUGAUCGACUUCGUCGGCCCACUACCGGUGACGGAAAAAGGGGGGAACCGAUACAUAAUAUCGGCCAUGGACCACUUCACCAAGUGGCCUGAGUGCAAGGCGGUGAGGCAUGCGGACUCAGCAACGGCAGCCGCGUUUGUAGCUGAGAAGAUCAUCUCCACACACGGCUGCCCGUUGGUGAUCCACACGGACAAUGGGCAACAUUUUCAUGGGGAGUUCGGGGUGCUGUUGGAAAAAUUCGGGAUUUAUCAUGAAUUCUCUCGCCCCAAUCAUCCUCAGAGCUCGGGGCUUAUUGAGAGAUUCCAGAGGACGCUAAAGGGGGCGUUGGUGAGGUUGGGGGAGACCAACCCAUUCGAAUGGGAUGAAAACAUCUGCUGGGUCCUGCUGGGGUACCGGGCCUCCAUUCAUUCCUCCACCAAAUUCUCCCCCUUUUUCUUACUCUAUGGCCGCCACCCCAACAUCACGGGUAGCACCUUGACGGAAUGGGAGGUAAAGGAGCUGACCGAGCUAUCCACCGAGGAGGAAGCCGAUGCAGCAGCUGGACUUAUCUAUGAGAGGUCCUCGGAGAUGGAGCUGGCUCUGGCAAAGGCAGCUGAGAACCAUGAUAAGGCACAGGAGAAGCAGAAGGUCGACUUUGACCGACGUCGAACCCUCCUGGAGCCGAUCAGGGUAGGAGAUUUUAUCCGGAUCAAACCGACCAAGAGGGUGGCUUGGGCAGACCAGGACCGGAAGUACAAGACCCUCUUUAGGGUCAAAGAGGUGGAGGCAUUUCAUGUGACCUUGGAGGCAAAAGGGGGGAUGGUAUGGCGGGAAUCCAGGGAGAACGUGAAGGUGGUGCAGGUCACCUUGUGA